UUGAGUUGAGAGCAGGCUAUUGAAUGCCACGCGCUAGCGACCGGAGUAUUAUUAUCGAACAAUAACAUUUCGGGCGUACUCCAGGGGUGCACUUUUGGUUCAGUGAUUUAUAAUUUAUACGCGAAUCAUACUCGUUGCUUUGUGAUUAAUGUGUAUUGUUUUGUGAUCCAUAUGCAUUUACAGCAUCACAUGAUUGAAUGCAGUCAACACGUUUCUAAUAAAUGAUACAUUCAGAAAUACCGAACCAAAUGUGAUGCGAUCGAUUUGAAACUUUAUAAGUGUUAGUGUUAACUGUGUUAAUGAGUGAAAAAGUGAUUAGUGGCAAAAUGACGAACAUAUCACCGGAAGCGAGGAUCAUGAUGAUCAGGAGUGAUGAUCACCGCCAGGGGUAUCGGAGACAGGUUCUAGCAGCGCUGGCAGUCUCACUGGGCCCUUUUGUGGCAGGUCUCAGCAAGGGAUACAUGUCUCCUGCUAUUGCCUCCAUGCAGGAGUCUUCUCUUCACGAGCAGUUCACCGUCACUGAUCAACAAGCAAGCUGGAUAGCCAGUUUGAGUCUUUUGGGAGCGUUAAUUGGCGGUAUUCUGGGUGGUGUGGCGAUGCGCCUGGGUAGACGAAGAGUUCUUCUGGCCAUCGCUCUGCCGUACACCAUCACCUGGCUGGCUACUUCUCUGUCUACCAGUGUCAACAUGAUAUCUGUCACGUCCUUCUGCGGCGGAAUGAUCGUGUGCUGUAUGACAAUGAUAACCCAGGUGUACGUGACAGAGAUAGCAGUACCAGAAAUACGAGGCUGCCUCAGUUCAGUCCUAAAAAUAUUGAACCAGAUCGGAAUUCUUAUUUCUUUCUCUCUUGGCGCCUACCUCAAUUGGCACCAACUAGCCCUGGUCGUUGCUUCAGCGCCAAUUCUUCUUUUUAUGGCUCUGCUGUUCAUUCCCGAAACUCCCUCGUCUCUGCUCUUGAGGGGCAAAGAAGAAACUGCUGCUGAGUCACUGCAAUGGCUUCGAGGACCCGAUGCUGAUAUUCGCCAAGAACUAGUUACCAUAAGAACAAAUAUUUUAGCUAGCAAACAGUUUAAUGAUGAUAAAACUGGGAAACUGAAAGUGUUGCUGUCCAAGAGAUUAACAAGGCCAGUUCUGAUUACGUGUGGACUCAUGUUCUUCCAAAGAUUUACUGGAGCUCAUGUUUUCAGUUUCUAUGCAGUGCCGAUGUUCAAGAAGACAUUUAGAAUGAUGAAUCCUCACGGAGGAGCAAUUGCCACGAGUGUUGUCCAAUUGCUCGCAUCUUGCCUAUCUGGUAUGCUUAUAGAUAACGUUGGGAGACUUCCAUUGUUGAUGAUAAGUGGUGUUAUGAUGUCCAUAGCAUUAGCAGGGUUUGGAUCUUACGCGUAUUAUGAAGAGGUCUUCAGAAAUUCAACCGAUCUGACACAUGUUGAGCCAGGCUCAUACGAUUGGAUACCACUUGUGUGUGUGUUGACUUUUACAAUUGCUUUCUCUUUGGGGAUAAGUCCAAUAUCAUCUUUGUUGAUUGGGGAGCUGUUUCCUCUUGAGUACCGGAGUACUGGAAGUGCGUUAGCGACGAGUUUCAGUCAUCUUUGUGGCUUUGUAAACGUCAAAACUGCUGCUGAUUUCCAAGACCAUAUAGGUCUAUAUGGCUUAUUCUGGCUUUAUGCUGGUAUAUCAGUGUUAUGCCUUUUAUUUGUAAUCUUAUUCGUCCCUGAAACAAAAGGUAGAGAAAUUGAUGAGAUGGACCCGAAAUACGUUGAAUCGUUAUGUAUUAACCGAUAGUGUAAGUUAUUUAUAGUAAUAUUUAUGCAUAGACUGAUAGGUUUUGUAAAUACGAAGAAUUUAGGAGCCUUCAACCAGUAUUAUAGUUAGUUGUAGAGAAAAAUCUUAAACGCACAAAUAGUUUAUUGAAUGAUAGAAAAAUGAAUAUUUAUUUUAUGCCACUGAUUAAAAUAUUUAAGAGGCAUUUGGAGGUUUAGCAAGUAUUAAAAUAGAGAUGGAAAUAAUGAGUGAUUAUUAUUGAUAAAGGAGUAUAGAAAGAAAAAUUUAAUAAAUCUAAAAUAAGACUCAAAAUGAAUAAAAUUGAUUGGAGACUGUCAUAUAUUUUUGAUAUGAAUAGAGUACAAGUUUAAGGCUUAAGACCCGUCUAUAAGAUUAGGUACCUAUAUCUUUUUGUUAUGCAAGUAAAUGUUUGAUUAUGAGCCCUUUUAUAUUGUGUGCUUUACGCCUACCAGCUUGAGUGAUUGAAUCGUGUUUGAUAUCCAUAACAUCUCCUUCAGAAUGAAUGUUCCAAGCCUAAGUCGUAUUACUAUUUGUGCAUUGUAUGUAGUUCCUUAAAACAUCACACUAGUGUUCAGAGUUGAUAUACUACAGAUCUAGAAUUAGAAUUGCGGUCAACUUAAGGCCUAUCGCAGACGACAGACUAUCCGUGACGCACUUUUUAGUCUGUGAUAAUAAAACAUAUAGAUUUAUAUGCAGUACUGCAUACGUCAGACGCACAUAAAGUCUGACACACAAACUAUUCUCGUAAAUCUGACAGAUGGCGCCGCACCGCACUGUAUAAAAAUUGCGCCAAAAACAUAAAACGCUCACUUCAGUCUGUAGUCUGCACUGGCGCUAGAUAUCGAUGUAUCGAUGUUGAUUCAAGAAAUAGAAAGAGAGAAAAAGAGAAAUAGAAGCACUGUACAUGAUACAUCUUUGACAGAGUAUCAUGACAGAAAUUUAAAAAGAAAAUUGUUGGAUGAAGUGUGCAAAUUUAUUUGGAUGUAGAUUAAGAGCUGAAUGUUUAAUAUGAAACACUCCCUUUAAUAAUCAUUCUGAAAGAAUAGAAUGCACCCAAAAUUCUCUAUUUCUUCGUCUUUUUUAAUAUCUCAAGUAAGAAAUAAUACACCACAAUCUCUGUACUUCCAUUGCAUGUACAUCCCUACAGUUCUGCCGACAAAAUGAACGAAAAUCUACGUCGUGUGCGUUGAGUCUGUGAAAUAUCUGCUAAAGACAUUUUGCGCGAAAUGCAGACUUUUUGUGUGCCGCAGACUCAAUCGCACAAAAAGUGUGUCUGCGAUAGGCCUAAACUAGACAGAUACUCGAGAAUUUUUAAAUGAUUAUUGAUUGUCAACUUUAUUGCAUUUACUAAGAGUUAAAAAUACUAAGCGGGCAUCUACUGUAUUGGAUCUUAAUCUUGAAUGGUAUUUUCAACUUUUUAUGGAAUUAUAAGGUAGGAAUUAAUAUUUUAAAUCGCUCGGGUAUUUUCAUCUUACAUAUUUUGACCUUUAGAUACUUUAACUAUAUAUUUUUUAAAGAAUUAACGUGUUUCUAUACAAUUAUUGUACAUUUCUAAUUUAAGAUCUGAAAUUAAGUAUCAAACUAUAGUACUUUAUAAUUUUAAUGUUGGCAGUUAAUUAAUUACAAUUAAGUAGGUAUAUACUUUGAAGAAAAGUAGAAUGAUAGUAUGGUGUAUAUCGCUAUGAAUAUGACAAACUUACGAGUUCUGUCAAUCUGUGUUCUGCAUGGUUUACACGAAUAUUUCGUAUUACAAGUUUUUUUUUAAUAAGUUCAUCUCACCAAAUGUUAAUCAAAACAUAUGAAAAAAAUUUUUGUAUUUUUUAGCAAUAAUUACUAACUUGUAUUUUAUUACGUACUUGAUGUAGACAUAAGAUGCUUGCAAUUUCUGGAUCUUCCUCUUUAACUUAACUGAAAUGAAACUUGGCUUAGUGAAAAAACUUCGAGAUGUUUAGCCCUAAGUGGUCUAAGUUUGACUAUAUUUAGUAUUUUAAAUAAUUGUGUUGAUAUUAUUUUUCUAUAGUGUGCAUGUCGCGAACAAGAUCAAAUUUCGGUCACUGACCCCUCGUUUAAUGUUCUUGUCAGUUUAGUACUUCGGUAACAUACAUGUACUCAAAAUCAUAGUACUCAAAAGCAUACCAGUGGGAGGUUCCUUUACACAGGAUGCCACAACGGCGCCUUUUUCUGCCGUGAAGCAGAAAUGUAUGUUGUUUAGGUCUGAAGGGCGCCGUAGCUAGUGAAAAUACUGGGCAAAUGAGACUUAACAUCUUAUGUAUCAAGGCGACCAGCGCAAUUGUUGUGCCGCUCAGAAAUUUCGGGUUUUUUCAGAAUCCUGAGCGACACUGCAUUGUAAUGGGUAGGCGUAUCAAUUACCAUAAGCCGAACGUCCUAAUUGUCUCGUAAAUUUCAUCGUCACUUAUUGCCAAUGAAAGAAACUCAAAAGCAAAAACUUAUUGCUAUUGCAAAUAUGCGCCAAUUAUAAUGGAAAACCUCCUAUGAUGUUUCUGGGUCUAUAUUUCGAUAUGAGAUUUUGAUGUUAUUUUAAAAAUUAAUUAUCUAUGUACUGUCAUUUCUUAAUAAUGAAGGGCAAUUAUGCAGCUGCAAGAAAUUGUAGUGAGCUAUUGCCAUUUAAGAAGCUUAUUAAUAAGCUGUGGCGAUAGAAGUCUUCCAAAAUGUACAGCGAAAUAUAUUUUGUUGGAAUAUUGGUAAAUAAUAUAAUAUAUAUAUUGUAAAUAGUAUGAUGUAUUUAAUGUUGUUAGCUGUUGUUUUGUAGUUUAUGUCACAAAAUAUUUUAAAGUCAAAGUCGAAAGAUAUUGAAGACGAACGUAGACUCAUUCUAAUAUUUUUUUCUUAAAUUAUAGAUAGUAUUAUUAAUUGAAAUAGUUCUUUUAUGUAGAUUCUAGUUUAUGUGAAACAGAUAAAGUUCUACUAAUUUAUGUGAGAAUUGUCUUAGAGAGCUUAUAGUUAAAAUUUUAAAUAAUAUUAUUGUUUAUUUGAAAAUGGGUGAUGAAACAUUAAAAAUUAAACAUAUUACAAUAAAUUUGGUGCUCACAGGUGCCUUGCAUUUGUAACCUUAAAAUGUAAAAUUAAGUUUGGAUAGAUAUAUUUAUGUAACUUUUAUUCAUGUUGCCAUUUCGUGUACAACAUUUGUAUUUUAAUGUACUUAAACAGUGAUUUUGUGUUUAAUAAAAAAAAAGUGAACUGAA